AUGGCAGACUGGUCCAUUCUUGGCCGCUUCCUAACAGAGGUGCAAAACCACUCCACAGUAAUUGGCAAGAUUUGGCUGACUAUGCUGCUCAUCUUCCGCAUCUUGCUGGUGACGCUAGUCGGUGACGCUGUCUACAGUGACGAGCAGUCCAAGUUUACCUGCAACACCCAGCAGCCUGGAUGCAAUAAUGUGUGUUAUGACACCUUUGCCCCCGUCUCACACCUACGUUUUUGGGUCUUCCAGAUUGUUCUUGUGUCCACACCAUCAAUCUUUUACAUCGUCUAUGUCUUGCAAAAGAUCACCAAGGAUGACAAGUUAGACAUUGAGAAGGUUCAAGUCGUAGCCAGAUGUCCAUCUGAGCUUGAAAAGCCCAAAUAUAUCGGAGAUGGGAGAGAGACAGUACUUGAAGUCAACAGCCCCAAUUUCACUCCCAAUGACGAGGAGGAGUGGAGCUCACGGGAGGGUGAGUGUAUGGAGAGGAGUCACCUGGAUGAGGACAUGAAAGCGGUGGAGAGGGAUCCGACCCAACUUUCUAGUCAAGUACUACUUAUCUACAUCAUACAUGUGGUGCUACGCUCCAUCAUGGAGAUAAUCUUCCUUGUGGGGCAGUACUACCUGUUUGGCUUUGAGGUCCCCCACCUGUUCCGUUGUGAGACCUACCCCUGCCCCCACCGAACGGACUGCUUCGUGUCUCGCGCCACAGAGAAGACCAUCUUUCUCAACUUUAUGUUCAGCAUCAGUUUAGGCUGCUUCAUAUUGAACAUUGUUGAGUUGCACUACCUUGGUUGGGUCUACAUUUUCCGUGUACUCUGCUCUGCAUGCUCCACAUGCUGUGAACCACACAAGGACCCCAUAGAGCAGGUCGGCUUGUAUUCUAGCCACAACUCACUGCUGCUACAGCUCAAGCACUCUUUACGUGGCCGGGUGGUCCUACAGACCCCCCCUCCAAUGUUCAGGGAGAAGAGUAGUGGUGUUCAAACACAGGCCCCUGCCAUCUCCUUUGAGACUGACUCAACACUGGAGUGCUCUUCCAAGAGGAACCCAGAUGAAAAGGAACGCACUAAGACUAAACUUUACAGCAUGGCCAAAUUAGGCAGAGGCAGAAAGUCAUGGCUAUAA